UGUCAGCCUCCCUCACUGACAGUGUUUCCGUCAUAUUUAGGGCCCACCGUUUUAUACUAGUCAGGUCACAUGGUCAUUGGUCUGAGCCCUACUCAUACCUACUGAUGGGAAAUCAGUAAAUAGAUGAGUGCAAGUUGGUUGAAAACUGGCUCCCCUUCCAUUUCUCUCCCCUUCCAUUUCUCCUGCAGAUGCUCUGGUUAUUUUCCUGGGAUUUUCUCAUAUUCUUUAUACUGCACCAUAAAGCCUCUGGUGUCCAGUGAGGGCGGGUGGGCGUGCAAUACCAAUGUCUUCCACUGGGGGGCAUUGUGCACCAAGAUAAAGGCCCAUGUCAUCUUGUGGUUUCCUUUGUGGACUCUGGUUAGUGUGGUUUAGACCACGUGUGUCAAACUCAUUCCACGGAGGCCAGAUUAUCUGUGGGAUUUCUCUCCUCCCUUCGUUCUUGAUUGAUGAGUUAAGGUCACUGUUUAGUAAGGAACUCCCCUCGCCUGGUGGUCUAGGUCUUAGUUGAAAGGAAAAGGCAGAAACCAGCAGACACGAGGCCCUCCGUGGAUCGAGUUUGACGCCACCACCUAGACAGAAGGGUAAUAGUAAGGCUUUAGACAGAAGGGUAAUAGUAAGGCUUUAGGACAGAAGGGUAAUAGUAAGGCUUUAGACAGAAGGGUAAUAGUAAGGCUUUAGACAGAAGGGUAAUAAUAAGGCUUUAGACAGAAGGGUAAUAGUAAGGCUUUAGACAGAAGGGUAAUAGUAAGGCUUUAGACAGAAGGGUAACAGUAAAAGGUAAUAGUAAGGCUUUAGACAGAAGGGUAACAGUAAGGCUUUAGACAGAAGGGUAACAGUAAAAGGUAACAGUAAGGCUUUAGACAGAAGGGUAACAGUAAGGCUUUAGACAUAAGGGUAACAGUAAGGCUUUAGACAGAAGGGUAAUAAUAAGGCUUUAGACAGAAGGGUAAUAAUAAGGCUUUAGACAGAAGGGUAAUAAUAAGGCUUUAGACAGAAGGGUAAUAGUAAGGCUUUAGACAGAAGGGUAACAGUAAGGCUUUAGACAGAAGGGUAACAGUAAGGCUUUAGACAGAAGGGUAACAGUAAGGCUUUAGACAGAAGGGUAACAGUAAGGCUUUAGACAGAAGGGUAACAGUAAGGCUUUAGACAGAAGGGUAAUAAUAAGGCUUUAGACAGAAGAGUAACAGUAAGGCUUUAGACAGAAGGGUAACAGUAAGGCUUUAGACAGAAGGGUAACAGUAAGGCUUUAGACAGAAGGGUAACAGUAAGGCUUUAGACAGAAGGGUAACAGUAAGGCUUUAGACAGAAGGGUAAUAGUAAGGCUUUAGACAGAAGGGUAACAGUAAGGCUUUAGACAGAAGGGUAACAGUAAGGCUUUAGACAGAAGGGUAACAGUAAGGCUUUAGACAGAAGGGUAACAGUAAGGCUUUAGACAGAAGGGUAAUAGUAAGGCUUUAGACAGAAGGGUAAUAGUAAGGCUUUAGACAGAAGGGUAAUAGUAAGGCUUUAGACAGAAGGGUAAUAAUAAGGCUUUAGACCGAAGGGUAAUAGUAAGGCUUUAGACGGAAGGGUAAUAGUAAGGCUUUAGACAGAAGGAUAAAAUCGUAUUCAUGUACAACCAUAUUCCAGGACAGUGUCGUACAUGGUCUUUAUAGUAAGUCCUCCUGUAUUCUAACUCGGAAUGUGCCAUUUGUGCGGCUGUUAUACACUGCUAAUAUUUUGUGUCGUUGAGUUGGCCUUUAGUGACGUAAUAGCAGAGUAGUGACGGCGUAUGCCCACUAGAGGGAGGUAGAGCCCUGUGCUGCAGUAUUGUGACUUGUCUUAUUUAGUUACGCCUGUUAAGAGUUUAUACACUCAUCACGUGACGUGUGAGAUAUUUCACCUCAAAAGGUGUGUUAUUAUUGCAGGACAAGUACCUUGGGCUCAGCUGUUUUACUGCAUGAGUGUGUGUUUUGAGAAAUGAGAUCACUUGUAGUUAGUCGUUUAUGAGUGUGUUUACAGUAGUGUGACUGUGUUUGAGUGUGUGAUAGUGUGUGUGUGUAGCCUACAUUUUAAGCAUGCAUGUUUGUCCGUGUGUGUGCAUGCUAGUGCGCACGCGAGUCUGUCCGGCUUUGUGUGUGUGUGCUUGUGUGCGUGUGCACAUACAGUACAUGUGUUAGUGCGCAUGUGUUUUGUCCAAUGUGUGUGUGAACAGGUAGAGGCCAGGCAACGAGCCAGAGGCAGCCUGUGAUAGGUUGAGGGACAGUGUGACGUGUCAGUGAGACGCUAUAGAAGCACCGAGCUGGCGGGAGCAAGCUGCCUCUUCUGCCUGGAGAGAAGGAGUGGAAAAGAAAGAGCGAGAGAGAAAUAUAGGACCAACUCCUCGUGACGUUCUACAACUCUCUGAGGAACCGCACCAGUCCUCUCCUUUGAGAACAUCCACUUCCCUCCCACACACUUUCUAUCUGCGUCCCUUCAACUAGGUGGAGGGCGACAGAAACCAAGAAAGAAAGAAAAAAGAGAGACUGCGAGCGGGAGGUUGAGGGUAGUAAGCGUUCCACCACAUGGCUAGAAUCUAGAGGGCCAGUAGGGAGCGUUUCCAGGGCAGGAGAGCAGUGUGGUAGCCGGUGAAGGACAGAACAGCAUGGCCCUGUUCAGCACUGGCCCUCAGAGCCUGGGCUCCUACUACUGCCUCAUCCGCAGGAGGUUCAAGAGGAGGCGCAAGAAGCGCAGCGAGCGCCAAGGUGGAGCCGGAGCUCGGCAGCCCCGGGCCCAGCAGAAGCUCUUCACCAUGGACGUGGAUGAAGAGGAGAACAUGAGUUCGAGCAGCACCGACGUUAAGGAAAACCGUAACCUGGACAACGUCUCCUCCAAAGAGGGGGCAGCUGUAGGCGAGCAGCUCCCCAAUGGCAGUGGCGGGGGCAGCAGGAAGCGUCCCCUAGAAGAGGGCAACAAUGGCCACACGCUGUCCAAGUUCCGGGCCAAGAAGCGUAAGAAAACACCGGGCCCGGUCCUACCAAAAAAUGCACUUAUGCAGCUGAAUGAAAUCAAGCCGGGGCUACAGUAUAAGCUGCUGUCUCAAACAGGUCCGGUCCAUGCUCCCGUGUUUGUCAUGACCGUUGAGGUCAACGGUCAACUGUUCGAGGGCUCAGGUCCGACUAAGAAGAAGGCCAAGCUGAAUGCGGCAGAAAAGGCCCUGCGCUCCUUUGUCCAGUUCCCCAACGCCUCCGAGGCGCACCUGGCUAUGGGCCGGACACUGACAGUCAACACGGACUUCACAUCCGAUCAGGCCGACUUCCCAGACAUGCUCUUCAAUGGGUUUGAGACGCCCGCACCACCCGAGGACUCCUUUUACCUGGGAUCCAAUGGCAGCGGCUCCUUAAACUCGCUGGGAGAGUAUCCCCUGCCCUCCACGCCAGGUGCUAACCUUGCCCAGGCACCGUUGCCCCCUCCCUCCUCCUUCACCUCAAACUCGAGCGGAAAGAAUCCCGUCAUGAUCCUCAACGAGCUGAGGCCGGGCCUCAAGUACGACUUUGUGUCGGAGAGCGGUGAGAGCCACGCCAAGAACUUUGUCAUGCAGGUGUCGGUGGACUCACAGCAGUUUGAGGGCUCUGGACGAAACAAGAAGCUGGCCAAGGCCCGGGCCGCCCAGGCAGCCCUCUCAGCCCUCUUCAACAUGCAGCUGGACCAGACACCCUCCCGACAGCCCAUCCCCAGAGAGGGACUGCAGCUCCACCUACCCCAGGUUCUCGCCGACGCCGUCUCUCGCCUGGUGGUGGACAAGUUCAGCGAGCUGACGGACAACUUCACCUCGCCCCACGCGCGACGGAAAGUCCUGGCGGGAGUUGUCAUGACAACAGGCACAGACGUGAAAGAGGCCCAAGUGAUCUGCGUCUCCACGGGCACCAAGUGCAUCAAUGGCGAGUACAUGAGCGACCGCGGCCUGGCACUCAACGACUGCCACGCAGAGAUUAUCGCCCGCCGCUCGCUCAUCCGGUACCUCUACGCCCAGCUAGAGCACUUCCUAAGCAACAACAAGGAGGAGCAGCAGAAGUCUAUUUUCAUGCGCUGUGACAAGCGUGGCUACCGGCUAAAGGACAACGUCCAGUUCCACCUCUACAUCAGCACCUCGCCCUGCGGAGACGCACGCAUCUUCUCGCCGCAUGAGGCCGGCAUGGAAGACCAAGGAGACCGCCACCCCAACCGGAAGGCACGGGGCCAGCUGAGGACCAAGAUAGAGUCUGGGGAGGGGACCAUCCCUGUGAGGACCAGCAACACCAUCCAGACAUGGGACGGGGUGCUGCAGGGAGAGAGGCUGCUCACCAUGUCCUGCAGUGACAAGAUCGCAAGAUGGAACGUGCUGGGCAUCCAGGGAUCUCUGAUGAGCUACUUCACGGAGCCCAUCUACUUCUCCAGCAUCAUCCUGGGCAGCCUGUACCACGCCGACCACCUCUCCCGGGCUAUGUACCAGCGCAUCGCCGACAUCGAGGACCUGCCCCAACAGUUCAGCCUCAACAGGCCUCUACUGAGCGGCAUCAGCAACGCAGAGGCGAGGCAGCCGGGCAAGGCGCCCAACUUCAGCGUGAACUGGGCAGUGGGCGACCAGGCGCUGGAGGUCAUCAACGCCACCACGGGCAAAGACGACAUGGGGCGCGCCUCGCGCCUCUGCAAGCACGCCCUCUACAGCCGCUUUAUUCGCCUGCACUCCAAGUUGUCAUCCACACUGAGGAUCAAGGUGUCCAAGCCCAGCUCGUACCACGACGCCAAGGAGGCGGCUGUAGAGUACCACAACGCCAAGCAGACGCUGAUCAAGGUCUUCCACAAGUCGGGCCUGGGGGCCUGGGUGAAGAAGCCUAUCGAGCAGGACCAGUUCUCCCUCAACUCCUGAUCGGGCGAUUAGGGGGGAACCUCUUCACUCAACCCAACGCACCCCAACCCCCCUCUCUAGACCUGAGAGAGGCUCUUCGAAUCUACCAGCCACUGAGACUUCACGUGUGUGCGUGUGCAUGCGUGUGUGUGUGCGAACAUGCGUGUGUGUGUGUGUAUGUCUGUCUGAGUGUGUGUAUGAGAAAUAAUGCACGUGGUUCUGGCCUCCUCCCUCCGACCCCAAUCACUCUGCUCUCAUUCCUCAUCGCUGUGACGUCAUCACUUGCUGUGUCUGUCUGUUUGUUUUAAACCACAUAAAAUUCAAAUACCUUUUUAUGUCCUUAUGGCAAUAAAAAUGUAUGGUAUUUUAAACUGGAAUCCUUUUUAGUUUUUUAAAGUUUUUUGUAAGAUUUUACAUGAGGUUGUCCAUAUACCAUGUAGUUACUAAAUAAGUACUUCUGUAACUAGAAUGUACAAUGAUUGGCCUGAUUCCAUUUCUGUCAUUCAGUUAAAUGUAAUUUCACUAGGAAACCCAAAUGCCGUAUGACUUCAUGGUAUAUUUUUUUACGUAUUGUGAGAUUUGACCUUUUCUUUUCCUAUUUUGUUACAUUCUUGCCCCUGUAUUAAAAGCACAUAGGACAUGAUGCUAAAUACUCAUCCAAAAUGGUGGUUACAGUCAUUGAAUCAUCAUUCAUUUGAAAUAUUCUCUUGUGAACAUUUUACGCUUAUUUAUUUAUUUGAUGACGAUGUUGGUCAUUGAAACCAUUCCCAUUCCUAUUCCAUACUUGAACAGGGGCCCUGGUGGAGGCUGUUGAUGAUUCCCCUCGAGUCCUUUGGCCUAGAGAGUUUAGGGGAGGCGCUGCACGUUUUUUCUUAUUGACUUAAGCCAUGGCUUUGCAUGGGAACUGUCUCCGAGGUCUGCAGAGCUGAUUUGGCAGGGAACCACCAGGAUCUCCUCGAGUGAAUUUUGAAUGCCAGCAUCUUAUUUCUGCACAGGCAGCUUCAAAUCUUUUUUCUCUCUUUGUUUGUGUUUGUUUUUGGGGAGGGAGGGGCUUUGUUUUUAGAAUUGAAACUUUUGACUCUUUUUUUUGUGUGAGGAUUGAAGGAUUGCACUGUAACUGAAUAAUGACAGGAAUGAAGUCUUUCCAUCAAUGACACUGCAUAGGAGCUACAUUACACCUUCAUAAGCAUGAGCCUCAUGGACAUUAUGCAUCCAUGCCCUGGGCAUUUAUAAAUGCUUAUGUUAACAACCUCAGUUUGAAAUGUCAUGGUCAUGCAACACAAUUACAAGCAAGGUGACAUAACACAUCUUGUGUCAAUCUGGGGUUGUUAUGAAGGUGUAAAGUAGUCCAAAUGUCAUGUCAUUCAUAGAGAGCUGGGAAGAGCUUAUGUCAUCAUUUAAACACCUUUUAAAGGCCCAAUGCAGCCGUUUUUACAUCAAUAUCAAAUCAUUUCCGGGUAACAAUUAAGUACCUUACUGUAACGAUUUUUUUUUAAACAAAAAGCAAGAAUUUUGUUGGACUUUCUGGGAGUAAACUAGCUGUUAUUGGCAGAGAGGUGUGGAACUUUCUUUGUUAUUGGUCUAUUAACCAAUUUACAGCAUGUGAUGUCACCUUGGAAAGCCAAAACUCCCACCCAUGCAAACCUGCUGAUUAAAAAAUCCUGUGUAGAUUGUAUUUUCAACCAGCAACUAUCAGGAAAUAACACUGAUCAACAUUGUUUCACACUUUUCUAGUGUUAGUUUAAUCAGCUGUUGUACACAAUGAUAUAAAACACAGGAAAAACUGCACUGGGCCUUUAAAGGCAACACGAAUGCUGAUUGCUCAUUGUGUGAGUAAACUUCCAAGGGAACACAAAGAAACGCAUGAGAGUUUUUACAAAGUUGAGUUUGGUACCACCCACCCACCAAAUGACCAAUCUGUGUAUGCUCGCUCCAAGUCCUAUUGGUCCAUAUACCUGGGUAUUCUAUAAGCCCUGUUCUCCACUGUCUGCCGUGUGCUAAUCUUUUCUAUUUCAACUAUUUCUACAACGUGAUAAACUCUGGAUGCCAGUAAUGACAACUUGGUCAUAUACCUGUAAUAUCAGCAUUGUACAUUUGUUUAUUAUUGAACGUUGUGCGCUGCACUUGAUGGCCAGUGACAAACCACAAUUUGAACCGAUACGCUGCAAAGGGAUUGAUAUUAUGAGAUAUUCUUUACUUAGUGUAUUUUUAUAUCCAAUAUAUUUGGUUCAAAACAGCAGGGGGAGGUGUUUGGUUUGAGUCCCAGCAUUGUGUCUGUCGUGUGUGUGUGUAUGUCUAGAGUGAGGUGAGUGUGUGUGUGUAUGUCUAGAGUGAGGUGAGUGUGUGUGUGUAUGUCUAGAGUGAGGUGAGUGUGUGUGUGUAUGUCUAGAGUGAGGUGAG